CGCGCCUUGCAAGGCGUCACGUCUUUCACGCCUUCUCAAAUUGCCAUGGUAAGGCGUGUGGCAGUCAUCGUUCUUGAAAUCAAUUGUCAUGGAAGGUGCAGGGAAAUUGACUUGAUGGGGAAAUAAAUUGUGGUACUAAGGCGCGUGUGGAAAUCUUCGCCUUACAAGACGUGUUGACUGUCUUCAAGCCUUAGUUAGCUAACGAGUGGGGCGUUAACAUUUCUGCUAAGGCGAGGGUUCAUUUUCUUGUUACCUCUUUGAAAAUUUUGAUUUUAAAAAAAAUUAUCUUUAGGCUCCGAACUCUGAAUAAGAGCACACUCGUGAAAUAUGCCAUUUUAGUCGGACAAUAAGCCAAUUCUAACAAGUUAUGACUCAGGCACGUUAGGAACGUGUAGCACAGACAAAUUAUCUGAUCAAUGACCAUGGCACCUCUAGCAUCUGAUCAAUAACCAUGGCAACUCUAGCCUCUGAUGAGUGAGUCAAGUUGAAGCUUGUACACAUGCUAAGUAUCCCCAAAUCACAUUAAGCUAUAGUGAAAUACAAGUCCUCCACUUGAAGCAAUGAAUCAUUGCCUUUGUUCCCAAAAGAAAGGUCAAAAGAUACCAUUGGUUAUAGUAAACUAAAAACACACCGUUAAACAGAAUGUUCAAUUUGUACUUUAAAUACUUGAACGGUCCAGAGUUAAGAACCAUCCAGAAUGUCAGUAUAGCUGAGCUUCAACCUCUCAAAAUGUUGAUUUUAUCUCAUCUGCUCUAUAUUCCACUCUGUCUAUACCUCUUUCUUGUCAGCACAAAUGGGACACAACUUAUUCUAGUUAACAACUGCAGAAGAAGCAUAUGGCCUGGAAUUCUUGGCAAUACAGGGAAUAUGACUCCUAAAGAUGGUGGCUUUCAUAUGAAAAGUGGCGAUGAAGUAGUCUUCGAUGUGCCUAACAAGUGGUCAGGUAGGAUAUGGGCCAGGCAGAAUUGCCACUUUGAUAAGACUGGCAAAGGCUCAUGUGAUUCAGGAGAUUGUAAUCGCCAGUUAAAAUGCCGGGGCCUAGGAGGUAAGCCACCAGCUACUGUUGUCGAAAUGACACUAGGCUCAUUAACUUCAUCCUUGCAUUACUAUGAUGUGAGCUUAGUCGAUGGCUUCAAUGUGCCAGUUUCAAUGAGACCUGUAGGUGGAGGAAUUGGUUGUGGUGUGGCGGAGUGUGAUGUUGAUCUGAAUAUAUGUUGUCCAUCCGCACUUGAAGUGAAGGUUGGGGGAAAAGUUGUAGGGUGCAAGAGUGCUUGCUUGGCUAUACAAUCAGCCAAGUACUGCUGCACAGGAAAGUUCGCAGAUCCCAAAACUUGCAAACCUACUAUUUUCGCUCAUCUAUUUAAGGCCAUUUGCCCCAAGGCCUAUAGUUACGCAUUUGACGAGUCUUCGGGCCUAAAUAAGUGUAGGGCUUCAAGGUAUGUCAUCAUUUUUUGCCCUCCACAUUAAGAAUCUGUAUGGACAUUUCCUGUACCUUAGGAUUGGAUGGAAAAACGUCCUUCUAGAGGCACUUUGAUGUCCCAACUUAUGUAAUUCAGUCUUUUAGCAGAAAAUUAAUUAACAGCCAAUGAACAGCAAUGUCAGUACUUGUUGAG